UUUUAUCGAUUUCCUUUGAAACUUGCCCCCUUUCAGCUACCCAUCCUCCCCUGUUUCCUUUCAUCUCUCUCUCUCUCUCUCUCUCUCUCUCUCUCUCUCAUUAACUGCAUACUUUUUGAGCCUUCCCCCAACUCCCCAAGAAGCUUGAUAUCAUUCCAUCAAAUCUCUCUCCAUAGCCCCUUACCUGCUGCUGCCUUAGGCUCCUCAAUUCUUUGUCCCUUUACCUUCUGUGCAUCUGAAUUUGUUCACUUCUUGAUUCACACUCUGACCCCAACUCAAGUGAGCAGAACAUCUGCAGCAGCUCUUGAAACCUGCAAAGAGUGGUGAAAAUUGGCUUUCCAAAAAAUUUAAAAAAAAAAGAAAAAAGAAAAAGAAAAACUAAAUGGGCUGUUUCUAUUGCUCAAAGGAGAAAUACAAGAACAAGAGGAAAUCUAAUGGCCUUUGUGAGAAGAGAUUGCGCAAUUUGCGAGCAUUCGAAUUCAAGGAGCUCAGGGAUGCUACUGAUGGCUUCAGCAGGAUGCUCAAGAUUGGGGAAGGAGGGUUUGGGAGUGUGUAUAAAGGUUUCAUCAAGCCUGCUAAUGGGAAAGGUGAUAGCAUUGUUGUGGCAGUGAAGAAACUCAACCCGAAUGGCUUGCAGGGUCAUAAAGAAUGGUUUGCAGAACUUCAGUUCCUUGGUGUUGUUGAACAUCCGAAUCUCGUAAAGCUUAUUGGAUACUGUGCCGUGGAUAGCGAAAGAGUGGUCCAAAGGCUGUUGGUGUACGAGUUUAUGUCUAAUAAGACCCUAGGAGAUCAUUUAUUCAACAAAGCCUACCCUUCACUUCCAUGGAACAUAAGACUACAGAUAGCAUUGGGUGCUGCAGAGGGGUUGCUGUAUCUGCACGAAGGACUAGAUAUCCAGGUUAUAUAUCGUGAUUUUAAAGCAUCUAAUGUGCUAUUAGAUGAGAAGUUCAAGCCAAAACUAUCGGAUUUCGGGUUAGCGAGGGAGGGACCGUCAGCAGGCAAUACUCAUGUAUCCACUGCGGUACUAGGGACCUACGGCUACGCCGACCCGGAUUAUGUUGAAACCGGCCAUCUCACUGUCAAAAGCGACGUCUGGAGCUUUGGAGUCGUAUUAUAUGAGAUCCUUACUGGCAGGCGCUCUUUUGAGAGAAACCGCCCACCAAACGAGCAGAAACUCUUAGAAUGGGUGAAUCAAUAUCCAACCGAUAGUAAGCGCUUCAACAGGAUCAUUGAUGUGAGGCUCGAAAAGAAGUACUCUUUGAGGGCGGCACGCGAAAUAGCAAUGCUGGCCAAUUGUUGCCUCUCGAAGAAGGCGAGGGACCGGCCAAAGAUGAGAGAGGUGGUGGAGGGUCUAAAAAGAGCCAUGACAUUUGAGGAGUUGGAUGGGGAAGUGGAAACAGCUGAAGAGGAUGCACCCCCUUGCAGUGAUAUCGAGAGGCCAAGCGACGAAGCCGUUGUUGCGAAAUCGUCGACGAGGAGAAUGAUUCAACUUGCUAAGUUGAGUGAGAGUGCAGAUUCCAUUUUGAAGAGGAGGUUCGUGAUAAUGAAGCUGGCCGGAAAUCCUACGUAGCAACCGAUUUUUCUCGAGUAGAUUUGAGCGUAUAUAUAUGUCUUGUUUCGAAGCUGUAAUAUCUAUCUUUUUUUUAUGAAGUUCAAGAAUUGCUUCAGAAGUGUAAAAGUUUAUACAGCACUGUCAUGCUGAACAUGAGAGACUAACUGAAUUUGCUUGGAAACUAAAAUUGUGAAUUUUUUCA